CAAGUGUGUUUAUUUUUAUCAAUUUUUAGUAAAUAUUGUUUAUGAUUAAGAAAUAAUGUCCUUCGACUACUUGCCUGUGGCUGAAGACGACAACGAAGAACCCAUAGAAUUACCUAUUGAAGAAGAUGGAACCUUAAUGUUAACUACAGUGUCUGCGCAAUUUCCUGGGUGCUGUGGCCUAAAGUAUCGACAUCCUGAGACUACGACUAUCAGAGGAAUCCGAUUAAGAGACGGAAGACUAUAUCCUCCUCCGGAAGGAUGGGGCAAUCAUUUAUACAUUUGCAGUUUCCCUAAAGAAAACAAACGUAAAUCUGGUGAAAACUCGGAAACGUCUUCGGUAAAAAACAAGAGAAACGAUAAUCUGUGCUCAGAUUUGAUAGUCUUAGGCUUACCAUGGAAGGCCACUGAGCUAACUGUACGAGAAUAUUUCGAGAAGUUUGGCGAAGUUUUAAUGGCGCAGUUAAAAAGAGAUCCAAAAACUGGGAUGUCAAAAGGGUUUGCAUUCAUUAGAUUUGCUUCAUACUCAUCCCAGAUGAGAGUGUUGGCACAGAGACACAUGAUAGAUGGCCGAUGGUGUGAUGUUCGGAUACCAAAUUCCAAAGAAGGGUCAGUCACCUCCAUGCCCUGUAAGGUAUUUGUGGGUCGCUGUACAGAAGAUUUGACAGCAAAUGAUUUAAGGGAAUAUUUCUCACAAUUUGGUGAAGUGACAGAUGUAUUUAUUCCAAAACCCUUUAGAGCUUUUAGUUUUAUAACAUUCUUGGAUCCAGAAGUAGCACAAAGUCUGUGUGGUCAAGAUCACAUAAUUAAAGGUGUCUCAGUUAAUGUUUCUAAUGCAUCACCCAAACAAAAUAAGAGUGGUGCAAAUCAAAGGAAUUUACCAAGCAGAAACUAUGAGGAAGGGCAUCCACACACUACCUCAAACAAUAAUUCAUGGAAUAGUCGUAAUAUGGAGUUAGUCAACAUGCAAGCACUGGGUAUGUCAGGCCAACAUGGGCAAACUGCAGUAGCAGCUGGUGGUGCACAAGCACAAGGUGGCAGUUUGCCACUGGGCAUGGGAGGGCUACCUGUCAAUCAAGCUCUCGUGGCGGCACUCAAUCAGGCAGCUGGCUGGGGGCUAAUGAAUAAUAUGCCAUCGGGAGGGUCUGAUCAGGGCCCCUUUGCAGGUCCAACAUCGUCUGCACCUCCAGGACCACCUAACAUUCUCUCAUGGAUGCAACAAGGUAACUCAGCACAGGGACCCUCUAGUCAGUGGGGACAAAGACAUCAGUCUCAAGGCCACUCUGUUUGAUCCAUUAUCUGAUUUGACAAGCUCAUGAUAAUCACUGUGAUUGUAGCAACAAUUAGAUAAAUUAUCAUUAUGUUUUAUCUGCAACAAUAUGAAUGGGAUGUUUUGUCAAUAAGAGUGGUAUACCUAUAUUUGCUACUGAUGUUAUUAAUUUAUUAUGGAAUUGCUUUUGUGUUUUGUUGAUUUCUUUGAAACUUAUAUUAUUAUUAUUAUGGUAAAGUGUAUACAUAUUAAGAAUGUGAAACUGUUGUGUUUCAAAUAGUAGUUAUGUCCUAAAUUAAUAACCAGAAAUAUAAUAGAUGUUGUAGUGCUUAUGUUUGUCAAUACAUAGUUUAAAAAAUGAUUGUUAAGUUUAUAUUGUUCACAGCUUAGAAUUACAUAAAUUUCUUUACAUUCACUGGGUUACUAGUAACAGGAUAAAGAUAUGCCUAAAACAUUUUAGAAAAAUGUAUAAUGUAUGUAACAUAUAUUUAUUGUUAUUCUUGAAAAACAAAUUAUUGGUUAUAUUUUUUAUAAAAUGUAUCUUAAUUGAUCCAUUCAUUGCUGCAUAUAUGCAUAGCAAUUCAUAAGGGAUUAAAAUAAUUUGUUGCUGGUUUUAAUUGAAGUGACAGUUAUUUUGGAGUGCAGAAGGAGAUAAAUUAUGUACUUAUGUAAAGUAAAUCAAUAUUACUGUAUAUAAUCAAUCAUAUGUAGGUACAAAAUUAAAUUAUACUAUAUAGCCAGAGCCUAUUCAAUCAAAGCCUUAUCAUGAAGACCAAUUUAUUAGAAGAACUGAGAUACCAUACACUAUAAUUGUAUACAAUGAAUGGAUUAAGUACCAAAGUAA